AUGUCCUGGACGGAGGAACCGGUUGAGGCCGACACCUGCGCCCAUGACAGGCGUGCGCUACAACAGCUUGCUCUGAAUGUGCACGUUAAACUCUGACCUGACCUAACACUGAGUAUACGCCCAGACGUGUUCUUUGCACCAGGUAGUAGAUCCUAGUUUCGAUUUUGAUUCCAGGAAAACUGUUAGUUUUCGUAACGCUGCACGUUGUUUGUUGUCAGGAUGGCACAUCCUUCAGCUGAAGAAUAUGCACAGUUGAAAGCUAAAAAUGAGAACUUGGAGAAAAGUCUAGCAAAGACAACUGAGACAAUUAAGACGCUGAAGGCAAGAGAGAAAAAACUUGAAGAAGAUUUAAAUAAAACCCGAAAUGAAAAUAGACAAUUGGAGCAUAGUUUGGCACAACGGGAUUCGGACAUUAAUCUGUCACAGGCAGACAAUGAGGAACUGAAGAAACGGUUAACUGAAUGCGAGGAACACAUUAAGCUGUUGCAGUCGGAGCAAGAUUCAAGAUAAUAAGGUACUGAAGAAAUGUCUAGCUCAGCAAACUUGCAAGAUUGAAGACUUGACCACAGAAAAAGAUAAUCUUGUCCGAGAGUUAAACAUAGCUCAGCAACAGCUGACACAGGUGGGGAAGGAGAAUGAGGAAGCAAGGAAGUCUUUUGCUGAAGAAAAUGAAAAAGUUCAACAGUUGCAGAAAUCUGUCGAGGAUCUUAACAGUCGUUUAAGUACAGCACAGAAUGAUGUGGCACAGCUACAAAAGAAAAAUGAUAACUUGAUGGAUCAGCUGACGCAAACAAAAAGAGCACUACAGGAAACGGAAUCAGCUAAUGAAAAAUAUCAGAAUGACCUGGGAGAGAGAAAGAAAACCAUUGAUGCACUGAACCGUCAGAUCGCAGAUGCCAUGACGAAUUAUUUAAAGGAAAAGACUAUUAAAGAAGCAGCUGUGAGGAAUACAUUAUUACAUUUUAAAGAAAAACAAGAUUUACACAAAACCUUGGAAUCAAACUUAGCAGAGAUUGGAAAAAUUGAAGAAAAACUGAAAGAAGCUAAUCAACGGAUUAAAGAUGAGGAGUCGAAAGGCAAAGUCAUGAAGCAAGACAUUGUGAAGAAACAAAAAGAAAUUGAAAGUAUUAAAGAAAAACUGACUGAAGCUGAGAAACAAAUAAAAACACUGGAGUCAGAGUGUAAAAAGCUGAAGCUGAACAUUGAUGAAAAAGAUAAAGAAAUUAAAAGCAUCAAAGAGAAAGUGAGUGACGCUGAAAACAAAAUAAAAAGAUUCGAGUCGCACUGCAAAGACAUGAAGGAUGACAUUGCAAACAAAGAAAAAGACCUUGGACAGACAAGAGCCUAUCUGAAGGAGACGGAGACUGUGUCUGUUCAAGCGCAGGUUCGUGAAAACCAAACUAGGAUUAUCUUAGACCAGGUCAGCAGGGAACUCGCACACUUACAAAGUGUGCAAGCCAUGCAUGAUGCAGAGCUCAGUUCUGUGAGAGCCGAUUUUGAGUCUGAACUGUCAGAAAGGCAAUCAAGAAUUCAAGGACUGGAAUCCGAGUUAACCGUGGUAACAGGCCAGAAAGAUAACUUGUUAGCGGAGCUGGAUAAAGCAAUACAGGCUUUGUCAUUUAGUGCUAAGGCAGGCACAUCAUUUCAGGACAGAAUUGGACUUCUGUAUCAAAUCAAAGCAUUAAGGAAUGACUUGAAAGCUGUAGAAAAUGAAAAUCGUUAUCUCAAAAACGGAUCCCAGUUGUCACCAAGUCCUUAAAGGAUACUCCACAUUUAUCACCAAUGUCAUAAAAUAAAAAGGAUGUCUUUGUGUUGAACUCUUUGGAUAACAGUCGUCCUUCUGCUAAUGCUUAAUAAUACAUUGUUUUAUAAUAUAAUGUAGUAAACAAAACAACCUAGCAUGCUUUUAACUUGCCCCUUCGCUCACCAUACCUUAGCUCACCUCUAUCCACAUUGUGUUGUCUGCAUAUGAAGCUAUGGUCCUGCCCAAUGGUAAAGCAUUCACCUCAUGUGUGGUCAGUCUAGGAUCGAUCCCCGUCGGUGGGCCCAUUGAGCUAUUUUCUUAUUUCAGUCAGUACACCGUGACUGAUUUAUCAAAGGCUGUGGUAUGUGUUAUCCUGUCUGUGGGAUGGUGCAUAUAAAAAAUCCCUUGCUACUAAUGGGAAAAUGUGGCAGGUUUUCUCUCUUAAGACUAUAUAUCAAAAUGACCAAAUGUUUGACAUCCAAUAGUCAAUGAUUAAUAAAUCCAUGUGCUCUAGUGGUGUUGUCAAACAAAACAACUAACUUUUGCGGCAUAAUUAUCGUCUGUUCACAUUGUGGAAUAUGUCUUUUGAUAGGUUAUGAUCCAGGUGUAGGGGCGGGUGUAGCCCAGUGGUAAAGCACCCGCUCGAUGCGCAGUCGGUCUGGGAUAGAUCCCCGUCGGUGGGCCCAUUGGGCUAUUUCUCGUUCCAGCCAGAGCACCACGACUGGUAUAUCAAAGGCU